AUGAUUGUGCGGAAAUUAUGUAUGCGGCAGAGUCGCCAAUUGCUGGCCCUGAACCGCCAGGCCCCAGCCUACACUCGAUACCUCUCGACAGAGACACCGGUCGACAUGGCAGUGCAAAAACCCCCCCAGGAGUCGUCCACUGCUGCGCAAAACCCUCUUUUUGAAGUUGUCAAAGCACCAAGAGACGUCUCAAGCCUCGGUCCCCGAAAGCAAUGGCGUGAGCUGGAGAAGCGGAGAGAGAAAUUCAACACCCUCGGCUCCUCCGUGCAAGAAUCCUACGACCCCGAAGGUCUCAUCCGCAAUCCCCCUAAGCCCUCCGACGUCACCCUCGAGAUGCUUCUCGCGGCCGGUACCCACUUGGGUCACUCGACCUCGCGGUGGAACCCGCAGAACUCGCGGUACAUUUUCGGUAUCCGUGAGGGUGUACACAUCAUCUCUCUAGACGUGACAGCAGCAUACCUGCGUCGCGCCGCGAAAGUGGUCGAGGAAGUUGCCGCUCGCGGUGGUAUCAUCCUCUUCGCCGGUACCCGCAAGGGCCAGAAGCGUGCCGUUGUGCGAGCUGCCGAGCUGGCAAAGGGCUACCACAUCUUUGAGCGAUGGAUUCCCGGCUCGCUGACGAAUGGACAGCAGAUUUUGGGCCACUGUGAGACUAAGGUUGUCAAUGCCCUGGAUGAGGAGUUGCCUGAGUUCAAGGCCGAUCUUGCGGAUCGUCCGUCCGUGAAGCCGGACUUGGUGGUUGUGUUGAACCCACUGGAGAAUGUUGUCUUGUUGCACGAGUGUGGUCUGAACAAUGUGCCUACCAUCGGUAUCAUUGAUACUGAUGCUGACCCUACCCGCGUCACGUACCCGAUCCCCGCGAAUGAUGAUACCCUCAAGGGCACUUCUUUGAUCGCUGGUAUCUUGGGCCGCGCUGGUGAGGCUGGUCAGAAGAGGCGCUUGAAGAUGGCUGCUGAAGGGAAGACGGCGUAUGAGCCCAUGACGGCUCGCCAGUUGCGUCUGGACCCCCUGACGGGUCUCCCACCUCCUGGUUCGGAGUUGGACAAGGCCUAG